AUGUCCUCUCGACCAUUCCGCUUCCUCGACCUCCCGGCUGAGCUGCGCUGCAUGGUCUACGAAGCCAUCGACGUAGCGACAAGGAAAGAAAAGUACAAACCCACGACAAGACACAAGCCCCCCAGCGUCCACAUCAAACAAGACGACGGCUCUUCGCAAGGCAAUGGCAAACUCGUCAUGUACCGACGCGUUCUGCCAAUGUCAAUCCUGGCAUCCUGCCGCCUGGUCCAUCAAGAAGCUGCACCUAUCAUUGCUCAGAAACUUCAGAAAAUGGUGAAGGAGCCAGUACGUUUUGGCAUGGACUGGACAGCUGCCAAUUGGAUUCAGCUCGACUUACACACCUGCCUCAUCACUUCACCUGAAGAAGCGCUCGAUGGCGCCAGAGCUUCCGACGCCAUGUGGCAAUUCGUCUACACUUGCAGCUCUUACCUUGCAGGAAUCGCUCGUUUACGCCCAGCCGAUACUGCUUCUGCUGAGGUCGAAGUCACCAUUGCGACUUCCGAACUGGAUUAUCGCAGAAUGGGGUGGAGCCGAGCUCGCACCUGUGAUUUCUUUGAGGGUCUCUGCCAGGACUUCGGCAUUGAUCCUAGUAGGGGGAAUCGGUGGGUGACCAAACGUUCUGGUGUCAGUCUUCGCAUCGAGGCUAUAAUCAGCCCACAACCGAAGAAAGGUUUCCGGUUAGACAACUGGAGGAUCGUUGCAGGACAGCUACCGGGUUACAAGAGUUACGUGGUCCACGAUGUGUCUAAGGGCGAAUGGGAAGAGCACGUACAGAUGUUGAAGAAACUCUGA